AUGGAAAAUCCUCAGGACAAUAGUACCCUUAUUCUCAAGGGCAAUCCCGAUGAUCCCUCGCUUAUACCACCGAAAAAAAGAAUGCGCCUUUCCUUCCUUGAGGGUGAAAAUAACGAACAUAAAGAGGCCCAAUCUCAGGAUGCCAGUAAAAGCGUGUCUUCUGACUCAGGCCUUUAUUGCUUACAUUCUAUGGAGUUUAUUGACAUUCUUAGAUGCGACAAUUUAGGAAAAUCACUUGUGCUUCACACAAGGCUAGCAGACAAGUCAGCCAAUGAUGCAAUAGUUAUUUUGCAAAAGUCUGCUUUUCCUAAAACAGUUUCUGAACUUUGUGAAUCUGGAAUUAUACUUGCAAGUUCUUCAAGCACAAAAAAAGGCGACAAGGAUCCAGACCAUAUACCCAAUAACCUUUGGAAAUGUAAACAGCUGACUGACAACGACGUCUUCCAUCGUUUUUCGGUCCAACAAGGCCUUGAAAACGUAAAUUCUGUCGAUAUGACUGUUAUUUACCCCGCUCAAUCACACCACUUUUCUAGAUUUUCAUCCUCAUAUCGCAUUAUUCAUGACGAAACUCCGAAGGAAUAUCAUAGCUUAGUUAUACCAUUUCUUGGUCAAAGGCCAAAGGAUCUUGCAUGGGUUGACAACAUCCUACUCGGCAAGGCCGAAACGGACCGAAUCAUAUUUUCCGACCAGGAUCCAAACAUUGGAUUUACACUCGUCCUAGAUUUUCGCUGGGAUGGACGGUUCCUGCAGAGUAUGCACAUUCUAGGUCUGGUACCUCAUCCGGGCCUCACGUGCCUCCGAGAUCUCCGUUCGGAACACAUUCCACUAUUAAAGCGAAUGCUGUGUGAAGGUCGUUCCCGCAUAAUUGACCAUUAUGCCAAAGUCCGCCCAGUUAUGGAGCAAGAAAGUGUUAACGAGGCGAGUCCCAAGCCUGCUGUACCACCUAACCAAGGUUUAUCACGCACCGGUGAAAGUGCUUUA